UGAUUCCUAUGGAUGAGCAUACACUGUGUACACCCACUGACCGAGAGUUACUCCGGUCGCAUCCCAUACUCACUCACUUUACUUUCGCUCCGAACCCCCCGGUCAAGCCUCUUAAUUUUCGUGUUCACACUCAAUAUCGGUCUUGAACUCUCAUUUAUUUUUAUCUACCCCUUUCCCACAUCCCCAAUCAGUUUGCAACAAUAGCUGAUUUCGUGACGUUCAGACGAUAGUGUUGCCUCCCAGGCAUUUUAGCCCCUGAACCAUCCAUCAUCCACCGCAGAUCAUCCUUCAGGGGCAACCCGCCCCGUGACUAACAACGAUUCUCCCGUCCUCCCCCAGCCUAACUUGGC